AAACUUUCAAUGAUUAUAAAUAAAUUAUUUCGAACUUUGAAUUAGAAAUUGAAUUGAAAUGGAACACAAAAAAUCAACGGAUUCGAGAUCAUGCAGCCAACUUUCAACUUCAAUGGAUAAUAUUCAACGAAAUUUGAUGCUUCUGGAAAUUGAGAAGAAUGAAAAGUCGAGCUUUGAUGACGUCAUCACGGGUGCCGAAUCGGAUAAUGGUUGGGAGGAUUGUUUGAGAGAAACUGAAAGUGUUCAAAGUCAAUGGAUCACUGAACAAUCCACCAUUGCUUAUCCAGAAACUACACGUGUCAAUUGUGAUGGUCCACAAAGUUAUUAUGAAUUGGCUGAUUUGAAUUAUAAGCCAGCAGAGAAUACUGUUCGUUUGGCUCGUGUCCCAUCACAGUACCAACUUGAUGCUUUGUCCGAGAUUUUCGUUUUCGAUGUUCCUCAACAUAUUGCCGUUAAAAAAGUUGAAGCUUCAUUUCUGCCGAAAUAUGUGAACACGAGUUCCGAGGUUGCCCAGAAUUCUGUGAACACGACGCCAUACUUUGUGAAUUCGGAGUACGUUUCUGAGAUGUUGUGCAAUGAAUACUCGGAAACUUACUAACUUUUUGUGCCUCUUGUCUUACCAAUUCUUGAGAAUGAACUAGUUUUUUAGUCG